UCCGGCUUGCACCCCGCCGGGGCGGAGGGGAGCGGGAUGGGCGCGGAAGGCGGAGCCGGGAAGGGAGGUGGAGGCUGCGGCCGGGCCCCCCUCGCCGCUCCCCUCAGAGUCCGGCAGGCGCUCCGCGGCUAACCCGUGUCCGCCCUCCCCGACAGAGCCGCGCCGCGGACGGGCACCGGGCACCGCCGCCGGCGGGCGCUGCCCCGCUGCUGACGGAGCCGAGCCGGGCCCCGCCGCUGCCACCGCCCCCCGCGGCGGGGGCUCCGGCCCCGGCGAGAAGAGGAGGCUGCGCCGACGGCGGGCCGAGGGAGUUUCCACAAUGGAGAAGAGGGAAGAUGAUAAUCAUGGCAUUGAUCAAAAUGCAGGUCAGAGCAUCAUGCCAAGAAGAAAUACAGGAAACCUUAGCAACUCGGAUGUGGAUAUGCAAGUCACCAAUCCACCAGAAGCAGCUGCACUUUUUAAUUUACAUCAAGCACACCAUUUUGGUGAGUUUGAACACUCUUCAGAACAACACUGCAAGCAGGAUCUGUUCCCCAAGUGGCACUUGCCAAUGAAGAUAGCAUCAGUGAUCUCAUUAUUAACAUUUAUUUACACUUCUAUGAGAGAUGUCAUAUAUCCUUUUAUAACCAGAAAGGAAAAUGUUUUCUAUAAAAUUCCAAUCCUUGUCAUAAACAAAGUUUUACCAGUGGUUUCAAUUACCCUUUUAGCACUAGUAUAUUUACCAGGAAUAUUAGCUGCUGGUUUCCAGCUGUACUUUGGCACCAAGUAUAAAAGGUUUCCCCAGUGGCUGGAUAGAUGGAUGUUAUCAAGAAAGCAAUUUGGACUUCUCAGUUUCUUCUUCGCUACAAUGCACGCCUGCUAUAGCCUAUGCUAUCCAAUGAGAAGAUCAUACAGAUACAAGCUGCUGAACUGGGCAUUCCAGCAGGUCAAACAAAAAAAGGAAAGUGCCUGGAUUGAACAUGAUGUUUGGAGAAUGGAGAUUUAUGUGUCUCUAGGAAUUCUGGGACUUGCUUUGCUGGCCUUGUUGGCAAUAACAUCAAUUCCAUCUGUUGGUCACUCUUUGACCUGGAGAGAGUUCCACUACAUUCAGAGCAAGAUGGGAUAUUUAGCUCUGCUGCUGUGUACUGUUCACGCACUGGUGUUUGCUUGGAAUAAGUGGGUUGAUAUUAACCAGUUCAUCUGGUAUACACCACCUUCAUUUAUGGUAGCAGUUUUUCUUCCUAUUGUAGUUCUGCUUUGUAAAUGCGUACUGCUCCUCCCAUGUUUUAGGAAGAGGAUAAAAAAGAUCAGAUGUGGUUGGGAAGCUAACACACAAACCAAUCAAACCAGCAUGACUUCUAGACUGUAGAUCAAAUAUCGACAUUUCCUUUCCAUAUAUAUAAAUAAUGCUCAAUGCCAUGAAAUGUUCACUUGCAAGCUCUGUUUUCACAUUCUCCAUAGAUGUUUCCUUUUCACUUUUCAUUUUGACUUCAGGAUUAUGGGAUACUUGAUGCAAUUUGAACCUUUUAUAAGGCACAAGAUGGAAACAUUCCUUCUACACGUUAAUCUAUUCAGUGUUCUGGUUUUGUUCAUUUCUUCUGACUCACUGCUUUUAAAAUCCAAGGGCUUCAUUGCCUCAAUCCUAAUCCUUUUGUAGGCAAAAGCAAUCAUAAAUCAUUGCUCCAGGUGAGCACAGAAAGUAAAUAAAUAAUUAUACCACAGAACCCAGGAAUGCUUUCUGCUUUCCACAGCCAUGUUUGUUCCUUUGUUACAUCUCAGUAUUCUAAUGGAACAACUAGAGUAUUUAUCAUCCCAUUCCCCCUUAUCACCUGCAUCCUAUGUUUCAGUCUACAGAAUGGGGACCUUGGCACAGGAGCCAGACAGAAACUGUGUAUUCCCUCCAGGUCUUGAACUUAGACAAUUGGGCAAGCAGAAUUGCAGGGAACUUUACAAGGUAAAUCUCUCCUGAGGCUUCGGCACAGUCUAAAAAAAGAUUUUUUAGACUCAGAUCUCCAUUUUACACAGGACUAGGUGUGUCUCUGUUUACUUAAAACUAUAAAACAUUUCCCAUUUUUUAUUCCAUGAACACGUUCUUUUGUUUCUGAUGCUGGAAAUUUUCCAUGCUUUUGACCUAAGCCUGCAGCCUUUGACAUGUGCUAAACUUUAUUUGCACAAAUUAUUCCAGUGGGAUAACUCACAUUAGGUAAAUGUGUUUUACUGUUUACUCUAGGGCUAGCGCAAUUGUGUGAUUAGAAGAAAAACAUUAAAAAUAGACAUUUGAAUCUUGACAUUGAUUUGGUGAGAUUUUCAUGCAAAAUGGCUUUCAAAUGCAUUUGCUUUUACAAAAAUAUUCAUAAAAGCUAAUUAAACCUUUCUUUCCUUAUGUUGCAUAGAUCUGGCUGAAUGUUUUAAGCGAAUAAUUCAUUUGUUAUUAUCUAUUUUUAAAUAUCAUAUGCAGUAGUGAAUAUUUUCACCCAGCAUCAGGAACAUUUCUGCCAGUCUCCCUGCAUGAGUUGACUAGGACAUGGACUGAUGAUGCCACCUAUUGCCAGGAUCAUCUGAAUGAGAAUUGUAAUUGGUAAUGGCUGCGGUAUUAAAACAAAGAGGAAAAAAUGUAUGUGUAAAAAAAAAUAUCCAAUACAUGGUGCUAAUGAUUCUGUUGUACAUUUGUGGACUUUGUACACUGAGCAGCAAUAACAUAACAUAAAUAGCUACAGGGAUACUACAUUUUGUAUUUUCCUGGUUAUAACCCCAUUCAAUUAUUGCAACUUAAAAGUUGGCCUUGUUAUUUGCACUUAAUGUAGCACUGUGAAAAUAACUGGGGACAUAGCAGCCUGUAUAAUAUAGACUGAAGAGAAAUGAGUGGCAUUGUGUAUCAAAUCAGUAACGCAUGACAGAGGCAAACACUUUCUAAAACACUGGAAGCUAGUCUGCAAUGUGAAUCUGAGAAAUUUCUAACAAAACAGAAAAAGUGGGGUUGUCAAUGCGUUAGCAUUUACAUUUCUAUAAAUGAAAUAAAUCUUUUAGAAGUCAUAUUAGGGAUGAAGAAUAAUAUUCACCAAAGGCUUAUUCAGAAUAUUACCUGCACUUUGUUGUCAGGAGUCAUAAAAAUAUUAUAAAAUUCUUUUUCUCAUAGAACAGGUUGGGGCAUGUGCAAUGAUAAAGAAAUCCCUUUGUCUUCUGUAUUAUCCACUAACUACUCAUAAAGUGUGCUCAAACUUACCAAUUAGGGCAAAGCUGAGACUAAAUACUCCAAGCAACCACUGAUACGCAUCCAUUGAAAAGGAUGACAUUUAGUUUUAUCAAAAUAUGUAUUAAAUUGUGCUCUCCAGAAUCAACCCUGCUGCUCUUUUAUUUAGGAAGUCUGGAGAAUUUAAUUCAGUCUCCAGCUUUGUUAAAUUCUGGUCAAACAGUUGGACUAAUUGUUUACAACUGGUCAGAGAAGCCAAUUAACCCUGUGACACAGAGGAAUAUAAAUAGCUUCAGGGGUAACAAAGCAUGUGGCACAGAAAGCAGAACCUAAACCUUGAUAACUGAAAGCAGGUGAAUGAUGAGAUGCCUUGGAAGAAGCUAUUCAUAUGGCAUGUACAAAAAAAAACCAAGGCAAAUUAAUAUGUGUAUGCAUUUAGAGAGCAAAAUAGUUCAGGGGUGUGAUAAUGGGCUUCAAGGCUUUUCACCUUACUGUCACCAUUACCAGCUGAAGUCUUUUGCAUAAGUGCUCUGUUAUGGAUCAGCUAGGUUAGUGAGCACUGAGUAGAGGAGUAUGUCAGUAUUGAUAUGAAGUUAACAGAAGCUGGAAGUUAAGAUUUCUGUGCCUUCAGAGUCUGUAUCUUACUGUACAGCAGCAGGAUUUAGGCUGCUAAGUCACAUUUGAAAAUGGACCUUUAAUUCCAAAGUUGGUUUGGCCCUUCUGAAAUUUUUGUCCAAGUUCUUAUAAUAUUCUCUUUCUGAACCUGUAAGAUAUGUCUAAUUUGGAGACUAACAGACAGAUCCUUAUUGCAGAAAUCACUAUAGGUACUACUGUUAGAAAACAGGCCAAGAACUUCAUGAACAUGUAAAUGUAUUUUCUAUAUUCAACACUUCUUAAAAAGGUUUUGAGCUGCAGGAAGGAACUGUUGUCUGUACCAUGGUAUUUACUGCAUAAAAUCUGAACAAGGCACAUCACAAGCACAGAACUCCUUUCAGGAAGUGCUAAAGAAAAUGUAUGUACAUCUUUAUUUAUCUUCUAUUCAUGGUGUAGCAGUGAUAAAUUUAGAUUCAUCCCACUUCCUAUGGCUGAGAAAUUGUGUCCUAAUGAAGCAUUCUAUUGUAAUACCCUGCUCUAGGCAAUUGUUACAUAAGGUAAACUAGCAUAACUUCAUUCAUUUCAAACUGCUAAUAUGCGCUGAAAUCCUCACAAAAAUUACAUGUGAAAACCAAUUUCAAAAUCAUCACAUACUGACCUUUGGUGCUUAUUGUUUAGCUGGGAACAACAUUAAGCACACCAGAUUUUUCUCUCUAGUAUUGCCCAGGGGCAAACCCAGAAGUGUCUUCUGCUAGCUGAAAUUUGCAUCUGUCUACGAAAGCUAUUCCUAAAAUCACAGAUGACAUCCAAACAUUCAAGCAGUUUUUUCCCUACUGAUUGUCUCAAGUAGUAGCCAGGUUUUCUGCGUCACAGCUAGCCAUUUCUCUAGAAACUACCGCUGAAUGCUUAUAGCCAGAAUUUGAGACCUCAUAUCAAGUCUCUUCCCUGCUUUGUAAGUCUUUAGUAAACUACUUCUAAGUAACUCAUUUCCCAAUCUGCAGAACUGGAGGAGUAAUACUUUACAGGACAUUGCAACAGUAUUUUCAAGUUUUUAAGGCUUUCACAUAAAAUAAGGAGGAGAGUCAUGUAAGGUCUAUAAAAGGCUACAGAAGAAAAUGUUAGUGACAGUAUUUUAUUUCUCCCUUUGUAAUAGACAUGACUUAGUUCAACACUAAUUAAAAUAACUUCAUAUGUACCUUUUAAUUUAUGCUUAUGUACCUAUUUCAAAAUUCAGUGUAUUAAUAUGCCUGUAUACAACUAUAAUACAUAAAAUCAAUGUAUGUGCAACUUUUAGGCACUUAUUUGUAUAACAAUGAUUACUUUUAUAAAACUGUACCUCAUUAAA